GCUAACAGGUGAAAGUGUACCAUCUUACCUUAAAGCCCUAACUCUCUUAUAAGGUGGACUAAAUGUAGGAGCCUGCGAAGCAUUCCUAAUUCCAUCAUCAUCAUCCAAACUGCUGAAAUCCAGCUUCCUAGGCACUAUAGAAGCCGGUAUGGGGCUCAAAUUAUCCGAAAACAUGUUGAAUGAUCCUGACAUUUCACUUGAAGUUUCAACUGAAAGUUCCGAAGAAUUAUGGCGAUUGUUAAAUCCAUCUUUCAUCCUAUACCAUUCACUCAUGUUUGAACAUUCAUUUAAUACACUUUUAACCACAAUAAAUCACUGAAUUUUAACGUUUUGGACAGCAAACAAAAUACACUUUCACAAAUCACAAGAAUAACGUUAUGGCGGAUGACGCAUAGCACCUGUUUGAGCGUUUAGCCAAUUACAGCACUUUAUUUGACCGGUAAGACGAAUACUCUAAUGUCAUUGGUAGAUGUUAUUUUUUUUUAAAGAAUCUGGAUUGCGUUUGUUAUUGGUUGGUGUUAUGGAUGCGUUCAGUUUAUUUUCAUUUAACUUUAUUAACCCUCAUUGAGCGCACCGAAGAAGGCGGAUGUAACAAGUUUUCUUUCGGAUAUAAGGAAACAAAAGAAACGAGAAAGAAACAACAAAUGCAAAAUUUAAAUAUCUGUAUUUCAAAACUUAUUUUAAAUUAAUUAGACGCAAAAAUACAAUAUCGAAUCAUAGAUUGACUUUGAAAAAAAAAAGAUCUUUAAUUUUAAUUUGGCAUAUUUGAAGUAAUUAAAAUAAUUAUUUUUUAAAUAAUUAAUAAGUUAAGCAAUAUAGGUAUUUAUUUAUAUAUUUUAAAAAUAAUAGUACACAUUUAUGUUUUAGUCUACCAGGCUGAAUAGACUAUGUCCAUUUGCCAUUAAGAAACCCGUCAGCUGUCUCUUUCCUUUUGACAUUUAUUUACUUUUGAUAUUGAAAAAUUACGAAAGUUAGUGUUUUUGUAUUCAAGAAAAAAAAAAGAUUUUUCGCUUAAAAUGAAUAAAUUUUUAUGUGAAUUCUAGACGUAAAUAUUUACUCUUUAUGUGAAAUUUAAUGAAGAUGGUUGUCUUAUUAUUGGUAGUGUUAAGUAUUUUUCUGAAGCCCUGUGUUUACGCGCAACAAAGCAAAGAUGAAAUCAUAUUUCAUUACAACAAUACAUACAAGUACAAUGUUCCCUAUAUGGUGAAUGUCAACAAGAAUACAGAAUACAUAAUGGAGUUUGGAGGGGACUUGGAAGCUUACUACACCCCUGCGAGAGUGACUGUUGCGAGUGAUUUCGCAAACCGCACCUAUCCUCUUUUUAUAACAGCACGCCAACAAAAAGGUGUUUUCUCGUGGCAGCUCCCGAUGCUAGUCCAGACUCCGGUCAGUCUGGAGCAAUUCACCAACAUAUCGAGGACACUGUGUCCACACAAUAACCUGUUUUCUGACGACACGGACACAUGUGAUAUCUCCUCGGUCAACACGCCGAUAGUACACCUCACGUCAUCCUCCCCCGACGACAUAAGAGUCACGAUCGUGGUGGAGACCGUCCAAGAUUUCUACAUUAAAUUGAACUCUAUAACCAAUCUGACGAGCACGCCCAGCCAACCGAAAUAUUAUUUCUACCCGUUCGAUCAAGGUCCAAACAGAAUGAUAGAUUUGAACACGCAGACGGUUAAGAGGAAGCACAUGUGCAAUGAGAAGCUGGAGGAGUUUGAGGAGAGGACACUCAAGAAUUAUUGGAAGAACAAUCAGUACAGGGACGAUGAUUGGUUGUGGCGACCGAAGAGUGUUAUAGUGAUGAUAGAAUCUGAUGAUGACAUUUGCGCCGUUGUUUCUAUACAGAAUUUCUCGUGUCCAGUCUUCGAUAAUGAGAGAGACAUACUGUAUGAUGGUUAUUAUUUAACUAUGACACGACGUGGAGGCAUAACGUUGACUCAAGACACAUUUCCACUUGGUUUCUACAUAGUAUUUAUAGUGAAGACCUCGGACGAUGACUGCAGUGAUGUCACAGUCACCAACACAACCCUGCCCAAGAUGGCGACAUAUUUAGGGUGGGGGGAGGAGAAAGUUCUCUAUGUACCCGCCAACGAUGGGAGAGUAAAGCAUUUCAGCUUCAAGAUUAUCGAGACUAUAUCGUACAGAGAGUACGCUAUAGCGGCGGGGGCAGCUUUGGCGUUCUUCUCCUGUUUUUAUAUAGGAUUCCUGAUAGUGGUCCUGUGUCAGUGCAGAAAUCGUUGGACCAGACUUGUAGAUGACGCUAGUGGGACAGAAGAAGGUCGUAUUACACCCAUCGAGGCUGACCCGCCUACGGUUCGACGGCGACGAGUCACAGACAUGAGCGGCAGUGGUGAAUCUUCUCUUAGACCUAACGAAGCCAACGGCAGCUUUUCACAGUCACAAACUAACUCACAGCCGACUGUUGAAUGCAGCUCAGCAUCAGACACGGAAUCGGAAUUCUCAACACUUGACGACAAAAACACGGAUAAGGAACUUUAUCGGCUCGGCGGAAAACUAUGCGUCGCCAAUCUCGCCAGAUGUCGACCUCGAGUAUUAUCAAAUCGAUCUAACAUGUACUUAUGGAACGUUCUAACCGUGAUGGUGUUCUACACCCUGCCUGUUAUACAAUUGGUUAUCACUUAUCAGCGGCUACUAAACCAAUCUGGAAACCAGGACUUGUGCUACUUCAACUUUCUAUGCGCGCAUCCACUGAUGUUCCUAUCAGACUUUAACCAUGUUUAUUCAAACCUCGGCUAUGUUCUUUUGGGUCUUCUGUUCUUGGUGCAAGUCUGGAGAAGGCAUAAGAACCAUCGUGAGAAAACACCAACUCAGAAACAGCUGGGCAUACCUCAACAUUUCGGUUUGAUGUACGCGAUGGGGGUAGCUCUGGUGAGCGAGGGAAUAUUGUCUGCUGCGUACCACGUUUGUCCGAACAGCAUGAAUUUUCAGUUUGAUACGUCGUUCAUGUACGUGACGUCGGUGCUGUGUAUGGUGAAGAUCUACCAGUCGCGGCAUCCGGACAUUAACGCGCGCGCGCACGCGACCUUCGGAGUGUUGGCACUCAUCAUAUUCAUUGGUCUGGUGGGCGUGUUGAACGCGAAUUUCUAUUUCUGGAUAUUUUUCACUGCCCUGCACCUGAUCACCUGUUUGGUGAUGACAUUCCAAAUAUAUUACCUCGGCAGGUUUAGACUGGGUGAGUACUUAGCGUAUUUGUGACGUACAGCCGGUAGCAUGUCUGGUUUUGAAAAACUGUCAAAUUGGACCAUUUCAUUUUAAACCUUAAUACAUCGAAGCUAGAAGUUGUUGAAAUUAGACAUAUAUUGUACUAACCUGACGUGCAGAAGUGUGUAGAGCAGUUUUCAAGCGGCAAAUAUCACAGUAGAUUUUGAAUUUGGAUUCAGAGAUUGAAUGUAUUUUCUACAAUCGUUACGUUGACAUAAUGUUGAUCUACAAACAAAUAAUGUGCAGUUAGCCAGUGUUGCCAGAGAUAUAUUUUUUACUGCCGUGUUUAGUGGGUAAAAUUACAGUGUUUUUCAGGAAAAGAUAACUAGCUAAUAAAAUAAAAUUUAUUUGAUUUGCUAGUUAGGCUUAAUUAUUUAAUAAAUUAAUAAUGUUUUAUUUUUAAUUGUAUUUAAUAAUCAACAAAACGUAAACUCGGGUAACUGCUUUAUAAUUUGAGCCAAAAAAUCGCUUUACUUAUGGACCAAUGGCAAUAAUAAUAAUAAUAAUAAUAAUAAUAAUCUUUAUUCAAACCAAAACAUAACAUUUUCUUAUAUAUUUAAAUUAAUAAUGUUGCAUUUUUGGUUACAAAUUA